CUGUGACCUUCGGGGGUGACAGUGUAGGAGAAGAGGGAGGGGAGGGUGCGAUAGUCGCGCUUGGGGAAACAGCUGAGAUACCAAAAUAGGAUGAGACUUCCCUCCCCCUCCUACUGCAGCCCGAUCCAUUGCAAUUCCCUGAGCGCCGCUUAUUCCAAACAUGGGCAUCAAGGUACCGGGACUGUCAGCCGGCGGGCUCCCUCUCUAACACUCCCAGCCGGCGGGCUCCCUCUCUAACACUCCCAGCCGGCGGGCUCCCUCUCUAACACUCCCAGCCGGGCCGGGACCCCUCCAUGUGCAGCAAUGUCACUGAAGGACCAGGACGAUUACUGCUUUGUUUACAACGAUGCCUCUCACCACGUGGAUUUCCUGGAGGCCUUUCGGACAUUUUACAAAGAAGGUCUGUUCACAGAUGUCACCUUGGUGAGUUCCUCAGGGGAGAUCUUCCGCUGUCACAAAGCCGCCCUGGCCGCCUGCAGCCAUUAUUUUAAAGUGAUGUUUACGGCGGAUAUGAAGGAAAAGUCUAAGAACCAAAUUAAGCUUUCAGGCAUUGACCAUGCCAUCCUUGAUUCUCUGUUGAACUAUGCCUACACGGCGCAGAUCAGGAUUACGGCCAGAAACGUGCAGAGCCUUCUUCAAGCGUCUGACCAGCUCCGCUUUGUCUCCGUGAAAGAGGCUUGUGAGCAGUUCCUGGUGAGGCACCUUGAUAUCGUCAACUGCCUGGGGAUGCACUCUUUCGCCGAGUUCCACGUUUGCCCCAACUUGGAGAAGGAGGCCAGAAGGUUAAUCGUCUCUCGCUUUGAGGAAGUGUGGACGCAGGAUGAAUUUGUGGAACUCAGUUUUGAGAAAAUGUUGUAUAUUUUUUCCCAAAAUAACCUCAAUGUUGGGAAGGAGGAAGCUCUUCUGAGUCCGCUGGUUCGGUGGGUGGCCCAUGAUACCCAGAAACGAAUUGAAUACAUUCACGACCUACUGGGGUGCAUUAAGAUCAAUAUAGAUGAUAUUUAUUUCAGGACGUCCCUUGAGCUGCACAAGAAACAUCUCCUGAAUGAAAACAGGAUCCAGUCCUUGCUCUACUACUCUUUAAGGCCCCAAGCACAGGAAGCUUCCAAAAGGUCUACAGCCAACAUGUUUGUGGUUGGGGGUUAUUAUUGGCAUCCCCUAUCGGAAGUGCAUGUGUGGGAUCCGGCCAGCGAUAACUGGAUUCAGGGGGAAGAUAUGCCAGACCACACCAGGGAAAGCUACAGUGCCACAUGUUUAGGUCCAAACAUUUAUAUCACUGGGGGGUACAGAACCGAUAACAUAGAAGCACUGAAUACUGUGUGGAUCUACAAUGUUGAAAGGGAUGAAUGGACAGAAGGAUGUCCCAUGCUCCAAGCGCGGUAUUACCACUGCUCUGUUACCUUGGGUGGGUGUGUUUAUGCCCUGGGAGGCUAUAGAAAAGGAGCUCCUUCCCAGGAAGCGGAAUUCUAUGACCCACUAAAAAAGAGCUGGAUCCCCAUUGCUAACAUGGUAAAAGGUGUUGGAAAUGCGACUGCCUGCGUAUUGCGAGAUGUCAUUUACGUGAGUGGAGGUCAUUACGGCUACCGGGGAAGCUGUACCUAUGAUAAAAUCCAGAGCUUUCAUGCUGAUGUCAAUGAAUGGAGCAUUUUAACAGUUUGUCCGCAUCCAGAAUACGGGCUGUGUUCCAUUGCACUGCAAAAUAAGCUGUACUUGGUCGGAGGGCAGACCACCACGACAGACUGCUACGAUCUGGAGAGCAACGAGUGGACAGAGAAGUCUCCCACCAUGGAGCGCAGAAUGGAAUGUGGGGCUGUGGUCAUGAAUGGAUUUAUAUACAUCACAGGGGGUUACUCUUAUUCUAAAGGCACCUACCUCCAGAGUAUAGAGAAGUACAGCCCCGACCUGGACAAAUGGGAGUUAGUGGGAAACCUUCCCAGCCCAAUGCGAUCUCAUGGAUGCGUCUGUGUAUAUAAUGUAUAGCAGGAUCUUUAAAGAAAACAGAACACUCCCGAAGUUUAGUCCCACAGGAACCAGCUAGAAAAGACUUUGCAUGCAAUAUUUACCUUGGGUCCCACGACUCAAGGGGGAUUAUGAAAUUAAAGGCAAUAAGUUUGCUAAGGAGCAGUAACCCAUAGCAACCAAUCAGCAGGUAGCAUUUACUGAUCACCUUUUAAAAACAACCAUUGUAUUGGGCUAACUGGGUUCCUUUUAUUACAUAUGGGGAAAGGUGAGAAGCACACAUUGCACAUUGUAAGAUUUUUAAAUAAUAUAAUUUUUUUUUAUUAUUUGUAUCAGGGACAGCCAUCCUCUUCCCCUUCAGCCGAUAUAUGCUGUAUAGAAAUAAAAUGCUUCCCUGUGAAAAUGAAUGUUUCAGUGUAAUAUCAAAUAAACUGUUAAAAGGAAAUGCAAACCCCCAAAUAAGGGUUUACAUUCCCUUAUAAAAUCAACAGCUUUUAUUGAACUGAAUUGUUUUAAACUCUAAACUGAAUGAACCCACUGUUGUUCUGCACUGAUACUGCUAAUACUUUCUACUGCUAAUAGUUCUUUUGUGUUGGUGGCUGUACCUUGUCAGCAACCCAAAACACUUGUUAAUCAUUUUUGUAUUUACUGUAAUGUCUUGUCAGUUUGUACACAAUAAACGUUUUGUAAUGCUCUUGUA